AUGGCCGAGCCUCAGAUCGCAUACGCCCAGGAUGAGUACGGCCGACCGUUCAUCGUCGUCCGGGAGCAGGGCAAAAAGACCCGCGCCCAGGGCAUCCAGGCCAUCAAGAACCACAUCAGCGCCGCAAAGACGGUGGCCAACAUCCUCAAGACGUCGCUCGGCCCGCGCGGCCUCGACAAGAUCCUCAUCAGCCCCGACGGCGACAUCCAGGUCACCAACGACGGCGCCACCAUCAUGAACAACAUGCAGCUCGACCACCAGAUCGCCAAGCUCCUCGUCGAGCUCAGCAAGAGCCAGGACGACGAGAUCGGCGACGGCACCACCGGCGUCGUCGUCCUCGCCGGCGCACUCCUCGAGCAGUCCGAGGCCCUCAUCGACCGCGGCAUCCACCCCAUCCGCAUCGCCGACGGCUUUGAGCGCGCCUGCGCCCUCGCCGUCCAGCAGCUCGAGAGCGUCGCAGACGUCGUCGACUUCAGCCUCGACAACGUCGACGAGCUAAUGAAGACGGCAAAGACGUGCCUCGGCAGCAAGAUUGUGUCCAAGGCGUCGGACAAGUUUGCCCGCAUCGCCGUCGACUCGGUCCUCUCGGUCGCCGACCUGAAGCGCAAGGACGUCGACUUUGAGCUGAUCAAGGUCGACGGCAAGGUGGGCGGCGGCCUCGAGGACACCACCCUCGUCAAGGGCGUCGUCAUCGACAAGGACUUUUCCCACCCGCAGAUGCCCCGCGAGGUGCGCGACGCCAAGAUUGCCAUCCUCACGUGCCCCUUUGAGCCGCCGCGCCCAAAGACCAAGCACAAGCUCGACAUCACCUCGGUCGAGGAGUACAAGAAGCUGCAGGAGUACGAGAGGGCCAAGUUCGAGGACAUGAUCAAGCGGGUCAAGGACUGCGGCGCCAACCUCGUCAUCUGCCAGUGGGGCUUCGACGACGAGGCCAACCACCUGCUCCUCCAGCACGACCUCCCCGCCGUCCGCUGGGUCGGCGGGCCCGAGCUCGAGCUCAUCGCCAUCGCCACCAACGGCAGGAUCGUCCCGCGCUUCGAGGACCUCAGCCCAGAGAAGCUCGGCCGCGCCGGCGUCGUGCGCGAGGUGGGCUUCGGCACCACAAAGGACAAGAUGCUCAUCAUCGAGGAGUGCGCCAACACGCGGGCCGUCACCGUCUUUGUGCGCGGCUCCAACAAGAUGAUCAUCGACGAGGCCAAGCGGGCGCUCCACGACGCCAUCUGCGUCGUCAGGAACCUCGUCGUCGACAACCGCGUCGUCUACGGCGGUGGUGCGGCCGAGAUCUGCGCGUCGGUGGCUAUCAGCAAGGCGGCCGAUGAGAUCGCAACGCUCGAGCAGUACGCCAUGCGGGCGUUUGCAUCGGCCCUCGACGCCGUGCCGCUGGCAUUGGCGGAAAACAGCGGCUACUCGCCCAUCGAGAUGCUGGCCGAGGUCAAGAGCCGACAGGUGACCGAGUCGAACCCCAAGCUCGGAAUCGACUGCAUGGGUGCUGGCGACAACGACAUGAAGAACUGCCGCGUCUUUGACCCGCUCGUCUCCAAGCGCCAGCAGCUGCUCCUCGCGACGCAGCUGGUCCGCGCCGUCCUCAAGAUCGACGACGUCAUCGAGCAACACGCCAUCGAAUGA